GUUCAGGACAUUUGACUUUUAAUUCAAUUCACAAUUUUACAGUAGUCUGAUGUAAAGAGUUGAGGAAAAAAAAAAGAUUAUCUUGUGUUUUUGUGGUGAAAUUUCACCAUCUGAGUUUUUGACUUCCAGUAAGAUUUUGAAAGGAUUCCAAAGGGAGUCAGCUGCUUCAUGCUGUUCCUGUCUGUUUACUUUGAGAAGAACACAAACAGCUGAAAGUGGGGCAGAGAGUCAAUAUCUGAAGUUCAAGGCAGGCUAAAGGAGUGAAGACGAGAGUCUGUCCAUUUCUUCUGAAGAUGGAGCGUUUGUUUCUGCUGUGCUCUGGUCUGCUGGUAACAUUGACAUCUCAACACAAUGUAUGUUCCCGACCUGAACUGCAGGGUAACAUUAAUAUGACUGGGAUCCAGAGGUUCUUCAGCCCCGGUGUGGAGUUAGCUCUGUCCUGUAAACAGGGAUAUACUCCUGUGUCGGGCCCACGCAAGAUUGUUUGCACCAUGAACGGAGUGUGGACAAACACCAAAUUUAACUGUAUACCAAAACAAUGUCCAUAUCCUGAACUAAUCACUAACGGUGAAUUAUUUUAUGAGAAUACAGUGUACCAGAGUACAAUCAACUACACUUGUCAUGAAGGGUACACAAUGACUGGAUUCAGCUCAGCAGUGUGCCAAGCCAAUGGAACAUGGAGUACACCUGAACCAGAGUGCAUACCUGUAUCCUGUGGUCACGCUCCAGUCCCACUGUAUGGAAUGGUAAUUUAUGACCAGGUGGUCAGAGGAAACACAACCAAUUUUGGGCUCACAGCAAUGUACGUUUGUAAUCCUCCGUACGCACUUUUUGGCAACAAACUUGCCAAGUGCACUGCCAGUGGUACCUGGACCAAGGCACCUGAGUGUCGAGUGGUGACCUGUCCUCCACCACAGAACAUUGAAAGAGGUUAUAUGUCCACCAAUGAGAAGAGGGAGUUUUUCUACAAGGAAAAAGUCAAAUAUGACUGCCAGAGUCCAUAUGUACUGGAAGGACCUAUGGAGACUGUUUGCCUAGAGACUGGAAAUUGGUCUGAAAAGCCAUCUUGCAAAGGACCUUGUUCUGUUGAAAUAAAAAGAGGAAGAAUAUUAUACAAAGGAAAGAAAAUGUGGAUCCAAGACUUCCAGCCUAACCGUGUCUUACACCAAGAAAUUGUCUCAGUCUACUGCAUGAAUAAAGCCAUGAAAUGUGGUUAUGUUGUGCCAACUCAGUGCAUUGAUGAAACACUAAAAAUCCCUGAAUGCUUUGAAGAACCCAGUAAGCUUGAUUUUACCUUGAAGUCAAAUUCACUUCCAUCAGAGAUUGAACAAUGCUGAAGAUGCAAAUCUCUUCUCUCCAGAGGCUGCAGCAGCAUGUCAUAAAUUUUCCCUGCCCUUGGAAAUAAAGAACAUGAUUUCAA